AUGACUGCACUACCUUCCGUCGCUCAAGUCCAGCAUCAACUACUCAUAGUACAGGAAGAUAAUACUGCACUCAGUCUAUACAGCACUGUGAUCCUGCCGGCGGAAAAGGCGGCAAACAAGGCCGACCAUAUCGUGUAUGCCCGUGUCGUCGGCUAUCUCUUCCUCUAUCCGCCGAACAGCACAGCGCGAGCCACACUCAAGCUUGAAGUCGCGUUUUGCAACACCGUCUCGGACGACAACGAUCGGUUCAAGGCUGUCUACGAUCUGGGUAUGGGGUACGUCAGGAACCUUAUUCGCAUCUUCAGGAAAUCGAGAGGGAAGACUCCAGUCCCUUCGAGUCAUCUUUCGCGCCCUUCCUUCGAUAAGCUGAAGCAGGACAUUCUGAAGUCCAGUCCGCGGAACCACUCGGAUGCCAAGGACGCUGCCCUCGUCAGGGAUGAUCACCGCUGUGUGUUGACGCGCAUGGUCGAUCGUCAUUCCCUUAGAGAGGGACUCGCCGUUCAGCGUUGGCCAGAGGAGCCAGUUGUCGAUACGCGAUGUAGCCACAUCUUCCCCGACUCACUCGGCAGCAUUGAGGCUGGCGAAAGCGGCAACGAGGAGCACCAAGUGGGGACGGUUUGGACAAUAUUACAGCGAUUUGGCUACGAAGACGUCUACAACGAACUCAAGGCGGAUCAAAAAGGCACCGGUAUCCACCGUCUGAAUAACAUUUUGACCCUCGCACCGACGAUUCAAGGAGCCUUUGACGACAUGGAGCUCUGGCUUGAAGCAAUCCCAGAUAAGGCCAAUCAUUAUCGGGUGGUUCUAGCACCAUACCUAGCGCACAAGAGCUUGGAUCACGGUCUUCAGGAGAACGUACAAUUCGUCGUGCAUGGCAAUUGUGACCUCCCGCUGCCGAAUCCCAGGUGUCUCAGCAUCCACGCCGCUUGCUGUCGCAUCGCACAUAUGUCUGGCGCGGCCAAGUACCUCGACGUGAUUUUUCGUGACAUGGAGGAACUGGAUGUCUUGGCUGAGGAUGGGGCGUCUGCUGAAGUACUAACAUACGCGCUUCACCGUCUUGUAGAACGCGGGCGUACAUGA